AUGUUGCAUAUAAAUCCCUUCCUCUCCCCUAUCUUAUUUAUUUUUACAAAUAAAAAAAAUAAAUUUUAAAUACUAAAAAUUUUAUUAAUAAAUUAGGAUAAAUAUAAUUCUAUUAUAUUUGAUGGACAUGAGAAUGCUCAAAUUAAUAUAAAUAAAAAUGUUGGUAACGUAAUGUAUUACAAGAAUUAUAUAUUAUUCAUGCAAUAUCCAUAUAACCAAUUAUAUGUAUAUUAAACAUCCUUCAGCGUGAAUUAAAAUGUCUUUUUUAAGUAUAAAUCUUCAUAAGUAACAGCAAAUUAAGUUUAAUAAGUAUUUUCCGAGUAUAGCACAAAUAUAGUAAUUAUUUAGUCUUUAAUAGAUGGGUCCUUAAAAUAAUUUAGUAAUUUUUAUUAUUUUAAUUAACAUUAAAUUAAGUAAUUUUUUAUACAGAAAAGUCAUGGUCAUCUAGUGCUUAGUUUACUAAUCUUGUAGAAAAUUCUUAUAUAUAUAUGUCAAUAAAUUUAGGUACGUUUGGAUCUUUUGUUGCUGCAGAUGUAUAAACCGGUAAAUCAAUAAAUAUAAGAUAAAUAAAGUCUUAUAAAGUAUUAAGAUUUGAGGAUUUUUUUUUAAUUAUGGUAAUUGAUGGCUCUAAUCGUUAAGUAAUAAUAAAUUAAAAUUUAGAAAACCUAAAAGAUACAGCUUAAAGGAUGUAAGGGUAUUUAAUUUCGCUAAUAUGGAAAGAAUAAUAAGAUUAUUACUUAUUAUCAAUUUCAUAAAAUAUGUUUACGAUAUUUGACCAACAAGGUUUUUAAAUUACUUAAUACAAUUUUUUUGCUACUGAUAUAGUUAAAAAUAAAGAAUAAAUAAUCCUUUUUUAACAACAAUAAAUAGCUUAGUAUUCAAUAAACAUUAAAAAAAAUGAAGUUAUAUUAAUUAAUUCAUUCUAAAUACAUAGCUAACACAAACAAUUUAAUAUUGAUUAUUAGAAUGAUUUGA